UUCAUUGAGCUCAAAGCUUAGCAGCUUCUGUCCUUGUUAGUUGUUAGGCGUAAACAGCUUGCAAAUUGGAUUUUUCCCCCUCUCCCUGUUUUCGAACUGGAUUUGGGCAACGGAGAUAAUGACAGCAUUUUAGAAGAGAGAACAGGAAUCUCUAGGAGUUCAGACACGUGGGAGAGAAUUGCUAAGGUUGGUGGAGAGCAAGAGGCGAUUCAAUAGAGAUGAACUUUAAAUGAUCCCGCGUCGGGGAGGUAAGGUUCUCCAAAGUACUUACUAUUUAUUGAAUAAGCCAGCACUACAGACUACGUUCCCAAUGCAAUUUCCAAUGAUGAUAACUGCCAUUAAAAUUCAUUCAGACCUGGAAAUCUGUGUGAAGCCAAUAGAGCCUUGAAGUAUAACUAAGGACAGAGACCACCGCGAGGCACAAACAUCACCAACUUGCGUGAUUAUGGAGAUGGUCUGUGUGAUGCUGAAAAUGUCUCUAGUUUUUUGACAACGGCUAAAUAACCAUGGGGUCCAGUGGACUUGGGAAAGCAGCAACAUUAGACGAACUGCUGAGCACUUGCAUUGAGAUGUUUGAUGACAAUGGAGAGCUGGAUAAUAGUUAUUUGCCAAGAAUAGUUCUACUGAUGCACCGAUGGUAUUUAUCUUCCACUGAACUGGCAGAAAAACUUCUCUGCAUGUAUCGAAAUGCCAGUGGAGAAAGCUGUGAUGAAUUUCGAUUAAAGAUCUGCUACUUCAUGAGGUACUGGAUUCUGAAAUUUCCUGCAGAGUUUAAUUUGGACCUUGGUUUGAUCCGCAUGACUGAAGAAUUCCGGGAAGUGGCUAGUCAACUAGGAUAUGAAAAACACGUCAGCCUCAUCGACAUAUCCAGCAUACCUUCCUACGAUUGGAUGAGAAGAGUCACACAGAGGAAAAAAGUAUCCAAGAAGGGAAAAGCCUGUCUGCUGUUUGACCAUCUGGAGCCCAUUGAAUUGGCUGAGCACCUCACUUUUCUAGAGCAUAAAUCUUUUCGAAGGAUCUCGUUUACUGAUUAUCAAAGCUAUGUCAUCCAUGGCUGCCUGGAGAAUAACCCAACCUUGGAGAGAUCUAUUGCUUUAUUUAAUGGAAUCUCUAAAUGGGUCCAGUUGAUGGUUCUGAGCAAACCAACCCCCCAGCAAAGGGCAGAAGUCAUCACAAAGUUUAUCAAUGUUGCCAAGAAGCUCCUUCAGCUCAAAAACUUUAACACCCUGAUGGCAGUGGUGGGAGGCCUUAGUCAUAGUUCCAUUUCACGCCUCAAAGAGACCCAUUCUCAUCUUUCUUCAGAAGUUACCAAGAACUGGAAUGAAAUGACAGAGCUGGUCUCCUCCAACGGCAAUUACUGCAAUUACCGCAAGGCCUUUGCCGACUGUGAGGGCUUCAAAAUCCCCAUCCUUGGCGUGCACUUGAAAGACCUGAUAGCAGUCCAUGUCAUUUUCCCAGACUGGACGGAGGAGAACAAAGUGAACAUUGUGAAAAUGCACCAGCUCUCCGUCACCCUGAGUGAACUGGUCUCCCUGCAGAAUGCCUCCCACCACUUAGAGCCCAACAUGGAUUUGAUCAACCUGCUCACGCUUUCACUGGACCUCUAUCAUACAGAAGAUGAUAUUUAUAAACUGUCACUGGUGCUGGAACCUAGAAAUUCUAAAUCGCAGCCUACCUCCCCUACAACGCCUACCAAGCCCGUGGUGCCCCUGGAGUGGGCAUCAGGAGUGGUGCCAAAGCCAGACCCCACAGUCAUCAACAAGCACAUAAGGAAAUUAGUUGAGUCUGUGUUUAGAAACUAUGACCAUGACCAUGAUGGGUACAUCUCCCAAGAGGACUUUGAAAGUAUAGCUGCCAAUUUUCCCUUCUUGGAUUCCUUCUGUGUGCUGGACAAAGAUCAGGAUGGCCUAAUUAGUAAAGAUGAAAUGAUGGCUUACUUCCUGAGAGCUAAGUCCCAACUACACUGUAAAAUGGGACCAGGAUUUAUCCAUAAUUUUCAGGAGAUGACCUAUCUCAAGCCAACCUUCUGCGAACACUGUGCAGGAUUUCUCUGGGGCAUUAUCAAGCAAGGAUACAAAUGCAAAGACUGCGGAGCCAAUUGUCACAAGCAGUGCAAAGACCUCCUGGUUCUGGCCUGCAGGAGAUUUGCCCGGGCCCCCUCCUUGGGCAGUGGUCAUGGGUCGCUGCCUGGAAGCCCCUCAUUGCCCCCAGUGCAGGAUGAGGUGUUCGAGUUCCCUGACGUCGCUGCUGGACACCAAGACCUGGACAGCAGAGCCAUCACUCUGGUCACAGGCUCUUCUCGCAAGAUCUCCGUGAGGCUGCAGCGGGCCACCACCAGCCAGGCCACCCAGACUGAGCCUGUAUGGUCAGAGGCUGGCUGGGGAGACUCAGGGUCCCACACCUUCCCCAAAAUGAAAUCCAAGUUCCACGACAAAGCAGCAAAGGACAAAGGCUUUGCCAAGUGGGAAAAUGAGAAGCCCAGGGUACAGGCUGGCGUGGAUGUUGUUGACCGGGGCACCGAGUUUGAGCCUGACCAGGAUGAAGCAGACAUGGGUGAAACCAGACAGGAUGGUGAGGAUGGCUGACUUCGGGCUGAAGACACCGGAGGCAAUCACGCUGGCAUUUGGAAGGAGCAAGAUGAGAAACGCGGAAGAACAGUCCAAUUCUCAGGAACUUACCUGAAAAGAUACGUGGACGUUUACUGCCUAGUGACACCGUGGAUCUCCCUGAUUGGACUGUGGGACAGAGGAUUUGCCCUAUGAACUAUUUAUUCCCCUCCCCCCGCCCCUGGUUAGGUGCCACGAAGACUGUGUUAUGUAGUUGGUGGUUUUCUCAUGUAUCUUUCUCUAGAGCCAUUCAUAUACGGGUGAAAUGAAAGCUUUUGUGCAUGUACUUGAUACUUACUCUCUAACUCAGACUUUGCUUUUUUUGUGAGAAUAUUAUUUCAGUAUUUUUAUAUACUUUUUCGGGGGGAGGGGGUUUUAAUGAGAAGUUGAUCUUGAGGGUUUUUUGUGUGCUUUUUGGAUGGGACCAGGACUUAACAUUUUCUUGAGGGACAGGAUGCUAUUCAGAUCCUGGAAGGCAGUGAUUCUUCUAAAUGACCAUCUGAUGCAAGGAGAAGCUGUUUACAUUUUUUUUUUAUCACAUGGUUGCUAUUAGGAUGUCUAAUAAGUCACACAUUUAUAUAUCACAUAAGUCUUACCAAUUCUGCAUCACUAGGAAGCUCUGACACAGCCAUGAAAACUCUCCUAACAAAAAAAAACUUUCCUA